CAGCUUCAGAGAUAAGAGGCAUUGCAGCACACGACGAGUUGAAGACAAAGUAAACAUAGAAAGAGAUUGUCAGGUGUGGUGUUGUUGUAAUCGGUGUUAGAUGAGCUGUCUUCAGAGCGAGAAAGGAUAAAUCCCUCAAAUUGUACAAGGAUCAAGUCUAUCUGUUUGUGAUUUCAGCAUUGUGUCGUCAUUCUGUCAUAACAUCUUUCCUGUAAUCCAGCCUGCAGGUCGGCAUGUCUUUAUCAUUUUGAUGAUAACAUAACUCCAAAACGACAGCUGGAUGUCAUCAAUUGAACCAAUUUAGUUGAGGGUGCAGUGCAAUACAAGCAUCAGAUACUAGCAUUCAGCCCAGGGCAGGAUUAAAUACCUUGACUGUAUUGAAUACAAAACUUCCUGAACCUGAGGGCACAGUCUGCAACGUGAAAACGAUAACUGUAGCCAAGCCGUAAACAGCUGCUACGCUGUCUGAUCUGGUGUCCAAAGGGCAGACGGCAUGCAGUGGUGCCGUAAUAACAAAGUGUGCUCUUAUUAUUGAGUCCAAACACAACCAUGGUGGAGAAUGAGGAGUCGGGAAAGCCUGUGGAGAGGAGAGGGAGAUUAACUGUGGUGCUGGUGUUGGCAACGCUCAUAUCUGCAUUUGGUUCAUCGUUCCAGUAUGGUUAUAAUGUGGCCGUCAUCAACUCUCCGUCACCGUUCAUGCAGCAGUUCUAUAACGCCACCUACCUGGAGCGUUACGGCAGGCCGAUGAAGGAGAACCUCCUAACUCUGCUGUGGUCUCUCUCUGUGUCCAUGUACCCGCUAGGAGGCUUCUUUGGCUCCCUGAUGGUGGCCCCUCUGGUCAACAAACUAGGGAGGAAGGGCACCCUCCUCUUCAACAACAUCUUCUCCAUCGCCCCUGCUGUGAUGAUGGGAGUCAGUGAGAUUGCCAAGUCCUAUGAGAUCAUCAUCGUGGCUAGGUUUAUAGUGGGCAUCUGUGCAGGUCUCUCAUCAAACGUGGUUCCCAUGUAUCUGGGAGAACUCGCUCCCAAAAACCUGAGGGGAGCCCUUGGCAUCAUCCCACAGCUCUUCAUCACCAUUGGCAUCCUCAGUGCACAAGUGCUGGGCAUCAGAAACAUAUUGGGCAACAGCACAGGUUGGACCCUCAUGCUGGGUAUAACCGGCAUCCCUGCCCUGAUAGAGCUCCUGCUGCUGCCCUUCUUCCCAGAGAGCCCCAGGUACAUGCUCAUCCAGAGAGGAGACGAGAAGACGGCAAAGAAGGCGUUACAGCGUCUGCGUGGCAGCGAAGACGUGGAUGCAGAGCUUUCCGAGAUGCGUCUGGAGGACCAGUCGGAGAGGGCCGAGGGACACCUGUCGGUGCUCAGCCUGCUGUCCCAGCGCUCCCUCCGCUGGCAGCUGGUCUCCAUCAUCGUCAUGAACAUGGGCCAGCAGCUGUCGGGGGUCAACGCGAUCUAUUACUAUGCAGAUAGCAUAUAUGCCACUGCAGGAGUCAAGCAGAAUGAUAUCCAGUACGUCACGGUGGGAACGGGUGCAGUGAAUGUCUUCAUGACCAUAGCUGCUGUCUUCAUUGUGGAGGCCUCGGGACGCCGGCUGCUGCUCCUCUGUGGGUUUGGGAUCUGCUGUGUAGCCUGUGUGCUGCUCACUGUCGCACUCACCUUCCAGGAGAGCAUGUCGUGGAUGCCCUACAUCAGCAUCACCUGUGUCAUCAUCUACGUCAUAGGACACGCCAUAGGACCCAGUCCCAUUCCUUAUGUGGUGACCACUGAGAUGUUCAGGCAGUCGGCCAGGCCCGCUGCCUUCAUGGUCGCAGGCUCCGUCCACUGGCUCUCCAACUUCACUGUUGGCCUCGUCUUCCCCUUCCUAGAGAGAGGUCUGGGCUCCUACAGCUUUAUCAUUUUUUCUUUCAUCUGUCUGGUCACGCUGAUCUACAUCUGGCUGGUGGUCCCUGAGACCAAGAACAAAACCUUCCUGGAGAUAUGCCAGAUGUUCGCCAAGAGAAACAAAGUAGAGAUCAAACUGGGUGAUGUGGAUCUGCCACUAAAAGAGAGCAAAGAAAGCCUGGAGGAUGCAGUGAGGGUCACGGCCUUCUGAAGAAUAAUGAGAGCAUUCAGAGGAGAGGAAGUCUUCACUCUGGGGAGGAUUGUAAUGGACUGGAAAUGUCUAAAUUUAGCCUCUAUUUUCUAUUUCACAAGGAAUCUUUACAUAAUCGCUUUGUGUAUUGUUCGUUUGUGUGGCUAUAAGAUCUUAAAUAUUGUGAAACUUGAUGUAUGUACUGGCUGAAUAGGUCCUUGCGUCAUUAAACAAACCAACAAUUCACUUGUAAGUCUUUAUUGAUGCUGCAAAAAUAUGAAUACAAUACAUGGCUGAAGCUAAAAGAUACAGUUUGCAUUCAAUAUUUUACAGGUGCAUGAAAAACAUUUUGUAUCCUUCAUCAAACACAUUUUAAAUCCACCAUCAUCAGCAGUGAUAUGCUGGUUUAUUACAGCAUUUUAAAGCUCAUGCGAACAGAAGCAGUCUAUUCAGGAGCAUCUGUACUCGCUGUCCAGCUGCACCCCACCGAACAGACUGAGUUUGGUUGUUCCCCAGCUAAACACAUUUCCCACCACGGUCUUGUUUCUCUCGCAUGACAUCUGGUCGCGGAUAUCUGCUGUGGACAGCACGUAGUCCCACACAUUGACAUCAGUCAUCUUACCCACAAAGGCAUCUGCGUUGGAGAUGCCCAGUAAUCCAUCCUGAUCUUUGCCCACGAUGAACACACCGCCAGGGCUGAUUGUGUAACCGCUUUUCAGAUACCGCUGCUCCCCCACCAUGCCAUUGAUCCACAGCUCCGCGCCGCCGGUGUGGGACGACCAGGUGAUGCAGUAGUUGGCCCAGUCGUGGGACUUGACGUUGUGCGGCAGGUUGACGAACUCGUUGCCAAUCCAGAGGCCCACCUCUCUCGAAUCCCUGUCCUCACCGACGGAGAUCAUCAGCUCGUUGUCGUUGUCGUUACUGGCGUAGGAGAUGACGGUGUGGAUCCCCUCGUGCGGAGGCAGGACAUGCAUGCAGACAGUGAAGGAGUCCAGCUUCAUGGGAUGGCUGAGCCAGGCCAGAGCAUAACUUCCAGAGUUUUUCUCCUGGAAGUUGAGCACCAGAGGAUACAGAGCGCGAGGUUCUGAUGAACACAGAAAAAAAUAGAAUCAGACAUCGACCUUUAAUCAUCCACAGUCACAAAUCACAGUUGGAUAUCAAAUGAAAUUCAAACCGAGGGACUCACCAUAUUUGGUAGGCCUUGAGUUACGAAGUCCACCUUAAGGGCAUAAGUAAGAAAGAGAGUAAGUAUAGGCACUUUCAUUUACAUCCAGCCAUCUUUAUCAUUUUUUUUACGACUCACCUGAAUGAAUAUGCUUUCCAAGAGACGUUAUCAGACCCUCGAUCUUAAAGAGCCGGGAUUCAAUCUCAUCUUGCCGACAAAAUGCUGAAAAGAAAGAGGUGAAUAAAAAAUGAAGAGGAUCUGACUCGGGGCUUAGUCUUGCCCAAGUCAA